GCGUCUCUUCAAUUCGACUGUCUCGGUUUAUUUUGAAAGUCAUCGAGUUCCUGGUUGCCGUCGUCACUCAUUGUUCGUCUCUCCUCCAUCCUUCGUCUGCGCCGCACUACCAAUUCCUCCUGCCAUCUCUUCCCCCCUUUUCGUCCACCCUCGAUCCCAGCAUCUACUGCUAUCAGGGCCCGGUUGUAGUUGGGUUCCGCAUAGCUCAAGUUCGGCUGGGAAGGUCGCUGGAAAGCCCGCCAAGGAAGACAGAAGAGCUGGCUCGUUGGUUAUACCCUGCAAAUCAAUCCACGCCGUAUCCUGGCACUUCUUUCCAAAUGUCCUAGUUUUACCCUUUGAAUUGUUUCGAAUUGCAAAGCAGUUGAUCCCAUUCGUCUCUUCGCUGUUGGCAUCUGGUUGCUGCCGACCCCGUUUGCACGUGCUUUCUGACCGUCCAGGCCUAAUAGCACGCACCAAGUGACAAGCGUGGGAAGAGGAUUCAUCUUGUCCAACUACAGCUCCCGGAAUGGCAGCUGCUAUCGUGCCGUUGGAAACGGCAUUAAGCGGCGCAAUCGGUGCCCGGGUUCGCAUUACCACGGCCCCUCCCACCGCGAUUACCGUAGAAGGGACUCUUUUUACGGCUUGUCCCAUUACUAACCUGGUCGCUAUCAACACCGCCCCUUCUUCUACUCCCUCGACUGGCUUUGCGGACUCCAAACCGGAGCAUCUCGCAGGCGACUACCACAUUCUCCCUGUGUCGCGCAUCCAGUCAUUCCAGCUCCUUUCCCUUGCGCAAUCCUCCAAUGCCUCUGACGGACAUUCUUUUACCGAUGCCGUACCCGCAUUGCAUCCGCUUGAUAUCCGCGCUCUGAAGGAGCGCGAAGCGACCGUUGUUGCCAAGCUACAGGAUCGCGAGGCACGGCGCGGAAAGGGCGUGACGCACGAGGCGCAGGAGCUUUUCGAUCGAUUUAGCCGGACUAUGCCUACAAGAUGGGAUGGAACAAGCAUCAUUGUCGCGGACGCCGUCGUCGUACCGGCACCCUAUCGUGUAGAUGAUUGCCGUCCUUUGGUGGCGGGGGAUAAGGCUGCUCUGGCUAGAGUCCGCAAAGUGCUCCAAGUGGAACGUCAAAAGAUCGAGUUUCGUAACGCCAGCAAUGCAAUUGGUAAUACCAGCACUUUCACCCGCAAUUCUGGUGCUGUGCCCUCGGCCGUGCCUGCUCCCAGUAACCUCAGCGUAUCCGCAGGACCAGGUGCUGCCGGACAAAGGAAGGGCGGAUGAGGUGCUGUCGAGACACCUAUUCUUUCGCAGUUGUGCCUACCCAGGUAUUUGCUUGCGACUCGGGGUGCUCAUUUGACGGAUUGAAUAAGAACCCUGUCCACUCUGAACGACGAACGACUGAGCAGCAUGAAAUCAGGAUAACGUAGAGGAGAAUAAACAGGUGCGCCUAAUUUUUAUACUCACUGACACUCGGAAAGACGGAGCAAUAGAAGAGCAACCGACGAUACAUAAUGCGGGAGUGAUUCACAGCUAGGUAUUCCAAUCGACUCAGGAUGCUACUUGAGUCACGAGUUAAUGAGGGUGUCAGGAGUGUAAUUAUAAAUUGAAAUGACAACAAUUCACC